UUGUGAAAUUGGAGGUCAACGGGAAUUGACAUGAUGGGCAAGUUAAGCCUGUUCUUGCUUCUACUAGUCUUGGCACAAAGCGGAUCUACUAUUAAAGUUUCCUACACCUGCCAAGAGACCGAUUUCGGGGAUUUCAAAUUAGUCCUCCGUCUGGACAGGGAGGGCAAUACUGAUGUAACAGGAGUUAAAGCCUACGCCGAUGACGGCAGUGGUGAAUUAGUUGCUACUACAUCGACCUGUGAAACGACCGUCAGAACUGGUGGCGUGUAUCAAAUCACAGAGGUUAUAAGCACAGACGAUGGAGACUGUGACGUCACAGGUUCUGGUCCAUAUGAUAUGAUCUUUAGGGCGGAGGGGACGAUUCAGUACUACAAAGUAUCGUGUGACACUACAAAGCUUUUAAAGACUAAUGUCGCAUCCUCACUGUUCCAGACCAAUGCUGUGAGGGCUAAUCUGUUUCAUCGACCAAACCCUCUGGAUGUCAAAUUACAGGUUGUUGAGGCUGACGGCAGCUACGUUCCAACAAAUAAUGUGUACCUCGGACAGGACAUUAAGCUGAGACUUAUCCUAAAUAAAGGUGGUGAGGAGUUUGGACCUGACAAUUGGGGAUACACUUUCCACACAGCAAUCACAAAGGACAAUGAUCCUGAUGCAGAACUUUUGCUACAAUUAUUCACUCCCGGACUAGGCACGGAGGUCAAGGUCGAAGGUCAACUAAGUGGGGAGGAGUUUACUUGUUACGCCAAGGUGAAGAGGGAUGACGCGGUUGAAAUAAAGAUUCCAAAGGCUUACGCAGAUGAGACUACAGCUAGUUUCAACAAUUGGGUUACUACAAACGGCGGAAUAAAAGUGACGGCACUCCAUGACCGAAUAGGCGUCAAGGUCAUUCAUAGACGACCUGGGACUUUCCUCGAUGCAGGCCGGAUAGUCCUACCAGACGAUGCUAUUGCGACGUUAUCUUCUAGUUCAACAUAUGCCUAUAGUUUGCAUAUAUCUAACCUUAACACUGCAACAUUUGGACUAGUUGCUUUUGAGGACUCCACUACUAUCACAAUAAACUACAAUGAAUAUGCCCAAUUCGCAGCCCUGGAAAUAAAUGGUGUCAAUGCAGAGGGUUCAUCCGAUGACGUCUUUCUUAAUGAGUUCCAGGUGUUUGUUAUUGUGAAAGGUGUCGUCAUCAAUGAAAUCAUACUGGAAGGAGACAAACCAUUUGGUGUUUUCGUCGAAAGCGGUAUUUUUACGACCGCAUCACCGGAUAAGGCAGUUGGACUCCAGUUCUUACCUAAGCACACGGCCGCUCUACGAUACGUCCUUCCGUUUCCAGACACGUACGAUUUCAUAUACACUAUUGACGACCCAGUAAAUGACCAGGGGCUGACAAUUGAAACUCCAGGCUCAACAGUGACACGAACAGAGGGCAGCCAAGUUUUCACAGAAGGACAAUUGCAAAGUACAUCAGAUGCGAUAGAGAUCAGGUCGACCAACCCAGUACAUGUGCAAGCAGUCGUCCCAACAACAGCAUCACAAGAUGCGGAUGAUCGUGCGGGUUUUGUCCUUCCCUCCAUUGAACAGUGGUCGCCAAGACAAUAUUUUUACGCGGAGGAGGGAAAGAAAUACGACCUUCAUUUCGUCUCAUACAAAGGCAACAUGGCAAAUAUAAAGAUCAAGCUUGGGACUAUCGCAACGUCACUUGGUGUUUCUACUUUGGGAGGCGUAACAGGCUUUGCAACAUCGGAAGUAACUCGGGUACAGAGCGAAAGCGGCGUCGGCACAAGAUUUGAAUAUUAUGAGCAUAUAGAUUUUGAAGUAACUAACACGGACGACUAUCGGACUGAAAGUGGCCUGGUCGAGUUUCAAGCCGCCCCUAACAUGCCGUUUAUGCUGAUUAUUUUCGAGAAAAGCUCAUCUGGGGUCCUGCACGAAGCCUACCUGGGUUUCGGUAUAAGAUUUCCACCAAUUAACUCUUGCACAGACACAACAAGCGAUCAUACCUUUUCUCCCCAAUUUGCGGAUUCCUUCUCCACGAAGCCAGGCGACCUCUUAGAUAACGACUGCGAUGGAUUUACCGACGAGGAGAUGUUGAAUGGAGUGGAUGAUGACGGAGAUGGUAAGAUCGAUGAAGAUUUGGCUCUAAGGGAAAUAUAUGAACGAGGCAUUAAGGCUGUUGAGCUUGUGUAUGCUAUAGACGCGGGUUUCAAUGGGCUGAAUUACAUCAUACAAUAUGGUUGCCAAACGUUCGAACCAAAAACCACAAACAUUGGCCACUUCACCCUGAACACAGCACUGAGCGAUGUUUUUGACGACUACUGGGUUAUUGAAACCAACGCCUUUAGCAUGUUUAAGGUAACGUCAGAAUCAGAGCUGUUUUUCGGAGCAGUGUAUGAUAUUUGUUAUGACGGAAAUCUACCGACAACAUGUGCUCAAGAAACGAUCAGUGAGUGUGACGACAAGCGAAGGAAAAGGCGAGACGCGUUUGGAUAUGAUUCUGAACACUUUGCAACUGUUCACGUUCGAAUAAGCGAAAACGGAACCAAAGAAGGCAAUUAUCAGGAGUAUCAUCAGGAAAACUCAGGUGUUAUAAAGAACAAGAAUCCUGUUUGUACGAAAGAGUCGGACUUCUGGUUGUCGGUGUAUGGACUCGUGGCCAUCAUAUUACUAGAGCUGUUUAUGAUUGGUGGAAUGAUAUCAUACAAACGACAUGUGAUCAAAUCAUUGCAGUAGUUUGAACCAAAGGAAAACAGAGCAAAUGAAAUGUUUUAAAUUUUGAUUAGCUUAAAACAUUGUUGGAUUAGUAUAUUAAAACUGCUGUUUUUUGUGAUUGUUUGGCUUGAUUGCCGAAUUGAUGAAGUUUUUACCUUGCUAUUAUUCAUUAACCAAUAAAUACUAG